UAACUCAUUUUAGCUUGGCACAACAGGCCUAAAAUCAUACCUUUGGGACAUUAUGGCUGUAGAAAGUUGAUAUGGCUUAUUUGGUAUCACCUCUGUGUCCAGCAGAUACAAGGUAUUAUUAGCAUUAGCAUUUAUUUUGCUACAUGUUUGUCUGUGGUUGGUAAUAGAGUUUUUACUGGUGACCUCCCCCGAUUUGUCUCCUUAUCAUUAUGUCAGUAUGCACCCCAAACACUUAAGUGGUUUUCUCAUUACAGGUAUUGGCCAUACUUGGAGAAGAUGGCAGAGAAGUUGUCAGAGCUCCAGAGAGAGAUUGAUGAGAUCAUCUAUUCCCUCAGAAGGAAGAAGCAUGAUCUCUACCGACAAAAUGACAGCAAUCAAAUGAGGCAACGGAAACGGAGGAGACUGGGUGAGCUCAAAAAGAAACUCAGAGAGAAGAUCGUCCAAUACAACACAGUUGCUGCCGAUGAAGACAAAAUUGACUCAGAAGCAGCAUGCAGUCUCUCUGAUGAAGUCGUUCUCCCUUGGGAGGCACAAGGAGAUGUGGUGAGUCUCCGUUUGAAGAGGCGACUUUUUGACCAGGUCAUGCUGGUCAGGCGCAUGGAAGAGGAGAAACCAAUCCUUGUGAAGGAGAUGACUCAACAUUAUCAGUACCUGAGAAAGGCAUUGGACAAACUGGACAACCUCCUCCAUCACACUGAAGAGAACAUCAAGAACCAUACUACUCCUACAGAUAUGACAGAGGCUGGAUACAGGGGACUGCACUGCUGUCUUCUACAGAAGAAAGACAUUCUUCAGAAGAAACUGAGUGCUGUCACCAGCACCUAUGCCCGUGUAGACACAGACCCCGGUGUUUUUAACGUGUUGGAAGAAGAUCUGGAGGACUUUGAAGAGGAUUACAGCAGUUCAGAACUUUCAGAUGAAGAAAUGUAGUACGUCACGUAGAGCAGGUUGUGCAUCAGCUGCCACAGAUGACUGAACGUAUGAGCAAUUUCUCUGAAACUUUUGUUUUUUUUUUCUCUCUCUC